AUGCAAAUACAAACGAAUUCAAUUCAGAAUAUAAAAUUCGGUUGUGAAUAUCAAAGUCGCAGUCUCGUCGGUGCACAAAAGUCCGUCAAUAAAGCUUAUCUACACAGACCUUCCGAUAUAUUGCCAUCGCCUUUGAAGCCUUCAACUUCAAAUGUUGAAAUUGUGUCUAAGAGCGAGGAGGCCGUCCAGAAGAAAACUCGCUCCGAAAUUCUAAAGAAAAUUUUCAAGUCCGGUCCUAGAGUGUUCUCGGGGCCCGUUGAAAAGGUUCUGAAAUGGCACAAGAGUUUGCAGGAGAUCGGAGUUCUAGUUCUCUAUGAAAUUGUUGCCAAGUGUGUGAACGUAAGACCAACUGAGACUUGUGCCAAGAACUUAGUGGUGAGAGAUGAAAAUGGGCCAGCUAUGCAGGUCGUUUAUUACGAAAUAGACUUCCUUAUGCCCGAAAUCAGACCUCCAUGCACUGUUCGGGUAAUUGGUAAAAUGGUAGCUGGAGCGAACCGUUUGCAAGCGUUCAACGUGCGACUUGCGACCGGCGACGAUGUUGCGACUUUACCACGACGCGCCGCUGUCUCAGCGCACCAUGUGUAUAAUUUGUGUGAGGAAUAUGGAUCUUAA